CUGAGAGUUCAAAAAUAAUUCCUAGAACUGAGACACUGAAAUUGAGACAUGGCAACCAUGAUAUUUUGUAUAAAGUUGAAAUUGUUUCCCAUCAGCUCCUGUCAGCAUGAACAUCGGGAAUGCCGCUCCAGGUGCCCAUCCCAGCAGAUCAUCUCCCUCCACCUCAGCCUCCCAGGGCUCUCCAGACAGUCCUCCAUGCUCAAUUUCCUAAGGAGCAGGAAGGAGCUUCAUGUUCCUGCCCCAGGGAUUUCCUACUGUGAGCUGGCCUGGCUGCACCUGGAGCAGCUCCUGCUCCUCAAAGGCCUUGGGGAGAUGGAGGUGGUCAAGGGCUGCCACUGCAGCACCUGCCCCAAGGAAUGUCUUCAGCUCCCAGCCCUGAAAACCUUUCCAGACUCUCCCUGGGAAGUCAUAAUGGAUGUGGGGAAAUGCUCUGACCCAACCUACAGUGCAGAUGGACUUCUCUGUGUGCCCACAAAUUUCAGCACUGUUCUGGUCAAAAACCCAUGUGGUGGAGAGGUGGUUCAGACACUGCAGAACUGUGAAAUGAAGGAAAAAUGCUACCGUGUCUCCCAGGAAAUCGGUGUGGGAAGGUGCUUGGGCAGCUGCUCCUCGGGGGAUCUCUGCUUGCUUAGCUGCAGGGAGUCACAAGACAGAGAGGAAUGCCUGUUUUGGGCACAAGCUGCCCCGAGACACUGUGCCCUCACGACUAUGACAUGCUCAGGUUCCAGACGCACCCAUCACUGCCAUCUGGGAGUGCAAGUAUCGGGGAUAGCGGGGCUGGAAGCUGCGGGUGGGGCUCCUGGAGACCCUGCCAGACUGUAUGUAGGAUAUGUAAAUGAGAUAAGGCUGUUUUUAGUAUAAAAGCUACUUUAACCAGCGGGUAUAAAUGAACCCUCUACAAAAUGUUUUACAGCUUGUAAAAUAAACAUCAUGGGCAAUUUGCA